AUGGAAAGUUUCGAAAGCAAAGUCAUAGUUAUAACAGGUGCUACAUAUGGUCUUGGCAAUGACAUGGCACGAGAAUUUCUUCGUCUGGGCCACAAAGUGGCCGGCUGCGGUCGAACAGACUCAAUUGUAAGGCAGCUAACGCAGGAGUUUAAUUCUGUCGCUGAUCGUUGUGAUUUCGCUGCAGUGGAUGUGCUCCAAGACGAACAAGUAGGUCAAUGGGCGACGCGCAUCCUGAAGAAAUUUGGUGCCCCAGAUGUUUUAAUAAACAACGCCUCCAUUGCUGCUAGACAUAUGAACUUCUGGGAGUUACCAGCGGAAGAGUUUAAUCGGGUUGUGGACGUGGAUAUAAAAGGUACGGCGAACACGACGCGCCAUUUUGUUCCACAUAUGAUCUCAUCCGGUAAGGGGGUCGUUUGUAACGUGACCUCAUGGGUUGGAAGGAACAAUAUAGGAAAGCUCACAGCGCACGUCACAGGCAAGUGGGGCUUAGAAGGAUUCUCAAGAAAUCUCGCAAAAGAGCUUCCAGAACCCUUGGUAAGCUUCCAACUUGAUCCUGGUGUGGUGUUGAGUCCCAUGAACGAGAAAACUAUGAUUGCGGAUGAAUUAGCCAAACAAAUCACAGGGGAGGAGUGGGCCAGGAAAGUUUGCCCCGCUAUUCUCGCGGUUGAUAGAUCAAGUAAUGGAAAACUUCUUGAAACAUGGAAAUUGGGCUUAAAAUGCGCUCUUUAUGUGGACGAGGAGGGUAUUUUAAAGGUUGACGAUCGAGAAUUUUCAACGUGA